CCUUGCUCCACAUUUCUCCUUUCCUCCUUUGCUGCUAUGCACAUAUCUAUAUGUAUGUGUAUGUGUGGAAGUAUGUGUGUACUUUCAUUUGUUUAAUAUUAUCCCGUCAUUUAUAUAGUAGCUCCACACUCACGUCGCCAAGAAAUCUUUUGUUUCGAUCGGCGGCAUUUUGCUUUGUCUUUUGUGAAUAUGCGAGGCCAAUCAGUUCAGUUUAUCGUCGAUUCUCAAGCGGAAAACUAAAUUUCCUUUGUCAACUGACAAACGGCCAGUGCAGAGUGCAGCGUUUGCACAAACCGAAGAAUAGCCAAACGAAAACCACCAACCGCCAAGUGCCAAGUGCUCAACAGUUCAACUCCUCAAACUUAAAGUGCAUUCGCAACAGAUUGUGCAUUAAUCAACAAGCUGCAAAAAUUUAAAAUAAUAACAAAUUUUACGUGAAUUAUUGUGCCUUAACCUAAAUUCCUGUUUAUUACAUAAGUGAAAAUCAGAAAAAAAAAAUAAAAUCAACAAUAAAAAUACCAAUAUACAAACAACAACAAAAAACAACUGGUGAAAAGCGUUUAUAAUAAUAAAUAAUAAAGAUGAGUCUACGCGGUGUGCACGCACUGGAUUCCACCGAUUCGAUUGAUAUACCGGAGCCGCGUAUCAGUCGCUACCCCUUUGUGACUACGCAUCGUGUUAUGCGAUCUAUAUCGGGACCCGGAGCCCUAACACCGAGAUCCGAUUCGCCCACCUCCACCGCAGCGGCGCGUCUAUCUAAGACACCUGUACCCGGUGAAGUUUCCGAAGAUGGACUUCCGAAUGAAAUUUCCGCACCAUAUGAGGUACCACAAUUCCCUAUCGAACAAAUUGAGAAGAAAUUACAAAUACAGCGGCAAUUAAAUGAGGCAAUACCCUCGAGAUCUGAUAAGCAUCAAUCAGUACUAACUGAAGAGAGUUUAAUGACAUUGGACAACUACGACGCAGAGGAACAUGAAUUGCCCAAUUUUCAACGUGUUUCCAUCUCUGGUGAGGAUACAAGUGGCGUGCCAUUGGAAGAUUUAGAACGCGCCUCCACGCUGCUCAUACAAGCGCUGGAAUUACGCGAACGUUAUAUGUUGCAUUCGGGCCAGUCGUUCCCGACAACAACGAGACGUUUUCUAAAAACCGUGCACGAGCGCAAUCGUUUCGGCACGAUCGAACACGAGAAUCGCAAGACCAUUGCAGACAUAAUACGCAAGAUCAGCCUCCCCAGUACUCAGACAGACCAUCCCAUACAUCCGCCAAAUGACAAGUCUGACCCAUGGGAAUUGGAAUUUCCAGCUGAUAAUGAUUAUGAAAUUAAAAGUAUUAACGGUGUCUUCCACGUCUACAAGGAUAAGGAAUGCACGCAGGAGGUGAAAUGCGAAUAUCCAAAUCUCAAGGAGUUCGUUAACGACAUGCAAGUCAUGUGUAAUAUGAUUGUUGAUGGACCACUUAAAUCGUUUUGUUAUCGCCGCCUUUGCUAUCUCUCAUCGAAAUUCCAGUUGCAUGUCCUUUUAAAUGAGCUACGUGAGUUGGCUUCCCAGAAGGCGGUGCCACAUCGUGAUUUCUAUAAUAUUAGAAAGGUGGACACUCACAUACACGCCGCUUCAUGCAUGAAUCAGAAACACUUGCUGCGUUUCAUUAAGAAGACGCUCAAAAAUAACGCCGAUGAAAUUGUGACAAUCACCAAAGGUCAGCCAAUGUCACUGAAAGAUGUUUUCCAGUCAAUGAAUCUGACCACCUAUGAUCUAACUGUGGAUAUGUUGGAUGUGCACGCGGACCGGAACACAUUCCAUCGUUUCGACAAAUUCAAUUCCAAAUACAAUCCGAUCGGUGAGUCGCGUUUGCGCGAGGUCUUCCUCAAGACGGACAACUAUUCGAAUGGCAAAUAUUUUGCACAAAUUAUUAAGGAAGUCGCCUUCGAUUUGGAGGAAUCGAAAUACCAAAAUACCGAGCUACGUCUCUCCAUUUAUGGCAAAUCACCGGAUGAGUGGAAGAAACUAGCCAGAUGGGCCAUCGAAUACAAUGUGCAUUCGACAAAUGUACGCUGGUUGAUACAGAUUCCACGACUUUACGAUAUCUUCAAAUCCAAUAAUUUGAUGAAUUCAUUCCAAAAUAUAUUGGACAACAUCUUUAAGCCACUCUUCGAGGCUACAAGCCGACCCAGCGAGCAUCCGGACUUACAUCGUUUUCUUAAUUAUGUAAUCGGUUUCGAUUCAGUGGACGAUGAAUCGAAGCCGGAGAAUCCAAUUAUUGAUUUGGACAUACCAACACCGGAAGCGUGGAGUGAGGAGGAGAAUCCACCAUAUGCCUACUACAUUUACUAUAUGUACGCGAAUAUGACUGUGCUGAACCAAUACCGAAAAGCGCGCGGCAUGAAUACAUUCGUUUUGCGUCCGCAUUGCGGUGAGGCCGGUCCGGUGCAGCAUUUAGUUUGUGGCUACCUAAUGGCUGAGAACAUCUCUCACGGUCUCCUCUUGCGUAAAGUGCCUGUGCUGCAGUAUCUCUUUUAUCUGACACAAAUCGGCAUUGCCAUGUCGCCACUCUCCAAUAAUUCACUCUUCCUCAACUACCAUCGCAAUCCGCUCCCAGAGUAUUUGGCGCGCGGUCUGAUUGUCUCACUUUCCACCGAUGAUCCACUGCAAUUCCACUUCACAAAGGAACCCCUGAUGGAGGAGUACAGCAUUGCGGCGCAAGUGUGGAAGUUGAGCUCAUGUGAUAUGUGCGAAUUGGCGCGCAACAGUGUGAUUAUGAGUGGUUUUCCGCAUAAGGUCAAGCAACACUGGCUCGGACCGAAUUACACGCGUGAAGGUGUCGCUGGCAAUGACAUAACACGCACCAAUGUGCCCGACAUACGCGUGGCCUACCGGCAUGAAACGCUGCUCGAUGAGCUGUCGAAUAUCUUCAAGGUGCACGAGAUACCGAAAAAGGAGAGUGCAAACAACGUUCAACUGCAAGCUGAAGAAGUUGAAAAUGAAGUUGAAAAAGCAAAUCAAAUCGAAGCCGUUAAGUCAUUUUUUCUUAGCUCAGAAUAUAGCUCGUGCUUGGAGGAUUUAUAAUAUUUGUUAUUGUUUCAUAGUUUUUUUUGAAUUUUUUUAAAUUUUUUAUUCUAAUUUGCCAUCGCUUU